AUGUUCGCUGUUCCUGGGUGGAACGUUGCCGCGCAGGUGAAGACUCAGGUCGAGGCACCCAAACAGAAAGAUUCCACGAAACCCGGGAAGAAGGCGCAGAAGAGGAAAGAGAAGCGCGAGGAGCAGCAGAUUAACGCGGACAACUUGGCAGAACAAUGGGACAAUAUAGCCAAAGGAAAAGGAACGCAGGUGGAGAAGACCAAGAAGCCGGAGGCGGAUGGCGUAGAAGCGACAGAUGAGGCAGCGCAAGAGAAGCGCGGGAAGAAGAGAAAGCGAGGAAAAGCCGGAGGUAACAAGGACAAGGCAAUGGAUGGAGAUGGCGAAAAAGGAGCAGAGGCAGAGGUUACACUGGUAGCAGAACCUUCAGAGGGUAAAGCAGAUGCUGCCAAGUCUGCUGGGGAUGAGCCCGCGACGGCCGAGAGCGAGUCAAAACGCGAGAAGAAGAAGCGCAGGAAGGAGUCCAAAGCUGACAAACUGCUCGCCGCAAAUGCCGCCGGCACGAAGUCUAUUUCUGAAACCCCAGCCUUAGAAAACCUCCUCCCCGAACCCAAGGGCCUCACACCCCUCCAGCGAUCUAUGCGCAGCAAGCUAGCUAGUGCGCGAUUCCGUCACCUGAACGAAGCACUUUAUACGAAGCCCUCCGCCGACAGCGCGUCUCUCUUCAAGGAAGACCCAUCCAUGUUCGAAGAUUACCACCGUGGAUUUGCCCAGCAGGUCGAAGUAUGGCCAUCGAACCCUGUAGACGGUUACGUGAACAGCAUACUCGUAAGAGGAAAAUUGCGGAACAAGGACGCGCGGAAGGACAGAAGAGGACCAGCAAAGAACGGAGUCCGCAGAGGCCCAGGCUUUGAAGAAGAAGAGACUACAGCUAUAGCACCUCCCAGAGGCGACGCGAAACCACUGCCCAGAGACUUUAAAGGCCACAGCACAAUCGCUGAUCUAGGCUGUGGAACAGCUUCGUUAUCGUACCGCCUACAACCGCACCUCAAGUCCCUCAACCUCACAUUCCACUCCUUUGAUUUGUCCAAACCUUCGGGUCCUUCUGCCGAUCUCGUAACCAUAGCCGACAUCUCCGCACUCCCUAUCCCCGAAAAUAGCGUCGACGUAGCCAUAUUUUGUCUCGCCCUUAUGGGAACAAACUGGCUCGACUUCAUCGACGAAGCAUACCGCAUCCUUCGCUGGAAAGGCGAACUGUGGGUCUCGGAGAUCAAAUCUCGAUUUGGACGCGUAGACAAGAAGAAGGGCGGUGUACCCAUAAAUUCUAUCGGCUCACUCAAGAAGACAAUGGACAAGAAACCGCCUAAGGUAAAGAAAGCAAAGGCAGACAAGCCGCCUGAGGAAGGCCCCGUUGACUCUGAAGACGAGGCUGAACUCGCGGUCAAUGUAGAUGGUCAAGAGGGCAAGGAGGGAACAGAUGUUUCCGCAUUCAUCGAGGUACUGAGGAAGCGGGGAUUUGUGCUUGAUGCUUUGCCGGAGAGGCCAGCGGAUGCGAUCGAUCUGAGCAACAAGAUGUUUGUCAAGAUGCAGUUUGUCAAGGCGGCACACCCGAGCAAGGGCAAGAAUGCGAGAGAAGAUCAGAAAGCAGGAGCUGUGGCACAGAGAGGCGGGGGUAUGAAGUUUGGGCUCAAGGGGAAGAGAUUUGGUGCGGGUGAGGGAGAGAAUGAGGGUGACGAAAAGGAUGGGGCGGUAUUGAAACCUUGCCUGUACAAGAUCAGGUGA